GUAGUGUCAGCGGUUCAGUGUAUUUAAGAGGCUCGAGUGGAGCAGAACAUCUCAUAACACCAUCCUGACAUCACCUGACUCCAGAUCGACUCCAACCAGAAAGAGAGAGAGAGAAAGAGAGAGAGAGAUCACCAUGGUGGAUCAGGGUCGUAUCUGUUAUGUGAUUUUGCUCCUCUGUGCUUCAUCUCUGUGGACUGAAACAGUGAUGUGCGGCUCCAGCUUCCUCAGUCCAGCCCAGAGACCACAGAAUCGCGGUGACCGAAAGCCUCCUCGAGUGGGACGGAGGACUUUACCUGAGCUUGAGUCUCCCCUUCCUUCCCAGGAUAAAAUGAUGGUAAGCGCACCGUUCCAGCUGGCCGUGUCUCUCACUGACACAGAGUAUGAGGAUUACGGUCCUGUGCUGCAGAAGAUCUUACUGGAUGUCCUGGGAGAUCCACUGACCCCGGACAGAGCAUACUAACAGCCACCGAACCGAGCGGAUCUUUAAUUAUAACAGUUGUGUGAAAAGUGCAUAAGAUUAAAAUAACAGAUUGUAAAAUGAAAAUAAACCACACUAUCACACUCACGUGAACAAAUGGUGCUGCAUUCUCUUGUUAAUGAACUUUGUAUUCUGUGAGCAUGAUUGCCAGAUACUGAAAGUUAUGUAGUACUACAGUAUAUAGUGCAAAUCAGCAACACAUGACCCUGAAAACUAACAAAUAAACAAAUAGCAAUUGUG